CUUGGAUGGUCAGUUGUCGUCAAGAUUUGCGGAAAGAAGCAACACUUUGUCGAUUCAGAGCAAUUCAAGAUUCCAAGUAAAAGAUGGGAUAUUAUACUGUUUUACCUGGCAGUCGGCCUGAAGAUAAUGACAUGAUUCUAUACGGUGAAAACGCUGAAGAAGUGCAAAUCCUCGUGCGCUCGGAGUCAAGAAUCCCUGAAGUUGUUGAAAUUGAGGGUGAUGACGCUCAUCGCCAAACAGCAGUCGUUUUUGGUUUCAGACAUGCAGCAAAUGCAAGCAAAUCAGGAGAGGGCACAAGUGCCCUUUCAAAAAUUCAAGUGUUACUGUUGUCGAUGUUCGUGAGAAACCAACCGGCAGAUCGAGUACUGCAUCCAAAAGAAAACGAGUUGAAAAUGAUGAAUCGCUUGAGGCAAGAGUUUAAUUGGCUUAUCAAAAAUGAAGUUCAUAAAGUAUUUAAUCAGUUGAAAGAAGUUCUGGAAGCAGCUGCUCGGCGCUAUCCUGUUGAAAUUGCAGAAGUUGAAACACAGGUUAGACAGGAGAAAUAUGUUAUGGCGACAUCAACUCAGACAUCACAGGAUCAGUUAAAAUGCAUACUGACAAUAACUGGGGACAGCAUCACUUCUGCAGACAUGACAUUGAAACUACAUAAACAUCCCAAUGUGGUUUAUCAUACAACAAUUGCUGCUGAGUCUCCUUGGCGUUUACAGCAAAUCCAGGAUUCAGGAAACUAUUUGAGGAUGGCUUUGUCCAGCCUAAGCUUGAUUCCUGACCAGUUACAGUAUCUUUCUGCUGAAGAAGUAUUAAAUGAUCUUGAUUCUGUCUUGGGAAAAGUGAAUAGUGCUCGUAGCAUAUUGGCCAUUCCACGGAAGAGGACUAUUGAUGAACUGAUGAACAGUAAAAAUAUGAAAACUUUGACACCAUCUUUGCCAAGUGAUCUGGCUGUUAGUUUCUAUCUUCAAGCCCAUAAACUCAUUUUUGCGGUAUAUCAUCUUACUCAAGCAGGAGGUACUGUAAAAUUUGAAACUUUACAGUCUGAAAGCCCCGUAACUUGGCUUAACGAAGUUCUAGUAUUGUUGAGCGUUGCGCUACAUCGCGCUCAACAACUUCGAGACAAGGUGUCGGUCUUCCUGCAAUAUCAAAUUCACAACGUUUCUUCAGAAGCGACACCGGUUCCAAUAUUCUAAAUAUUUUAUUAGUUGUUUCUUAAAUUUGUUUAUUUCAUUUUUCCGUUCCGUUCGAGUGUAUAGCAUUGUGUAUAGUUUUCGUCCCUGUACAACAAUUACAGCGGUAGAUAAACGU